AUGGCCCGCACCAAGCAGACGACGCCUAAGAACGUGAAUGACGGCAAGACCCCGCGCAAGAACAUGCUGGCGUCCAAGAAGACCCUUCCUGGAAAAAAGGGUGACCAUCCUGUGAAUCUCGUGAAGAAGCCGUUUCGGUAUCGUCCAGGCACGGUCGCGUUGCGCGAGAUUCGGCGGUACCAAAAGUCGACCGACCUGUUGAUUCGCAAGCUGCCGUUCCAGCGGUUGGUGCGCGAAAUCGCGCAAAACGUGCGCUUGGACCUGCGUUUCCAAGGGUCUGCGUUGGUCGCGCUGCAAGAAUCCGCCGAAGCGUACUUGGUAUCGCUCUUUGAAGACUCAUACCUGUGCACAAUGCAUGCGAAACGCGUGACGCUGCUGCCACGCGACAUGCAUCUAGCGCGGCGGUUGCGUAAGGAGCGAGUGUAGGCAUCCCGUACAGCAUCGACAUAAAACUUAACUUAUCCUCCCUCGAUCAUA